AUGGAUUCCCGCCCCGCGACCACGGAGCUGUCCAACAAACGGCCUCGGUCUCCUACCACCGACCAGCAACCGCAAACCAAAGUACCUAAGACACAUUCCAACCAUUUACAAAUCAACUACCUCGCGCGACAAUGCCCCGAAAACCUCCCCCUCGUCUCCGCCGACGAUAGUAUGCCCUCGAUCAUCCAUCUGAUCGGAGAAUAUGACGGAGUCCUCCACCGCCAUGAGAGCAUUGCCGGUAACCUGGGCGCAUGUCCACUGGGGCCCAUCUUGAUCAAACGCUUUGAGCGUCUGUUUGAUGGGCCCCCGCAGGUGGUCAAGCAGCAUGGUAAAGAUGGGCCGACUGUGACCUGGUUGGACGUUGUCGAAUUCGCCAAAAAUAAGCCGGAGCAGUUCAAGCUGGAGAAGUCGCGUAACGGUGUGAGCAUCUGCCAGUUCGUCACAAAACAGUGCCGGGUGGAGAUCAGUGAAGAGGAUUUUGUGCUGAUCGCAUCGGGCAUGCCUCAAAAGAUGAUCCCCCCACAGCCAAUCAUCGAAGAUGAGGAGAAGGAGUUGGGCGCACUGGAAAUCCUGGAGAAAAACCUCCAGCAGAUUACCCAAAUGGCCGAUCAAGCCGCUGCCCGAGCUCGUCAGCUCAGCUACCGCCUGAAGAACCGCCGCACAGCGAUCCAGAGUCGUCGACAGAACGAUGCGACUCUGCAAUCUCGUACUGGUGAAUCAUGGCGCGAAUUCAAUGGCCAUUCAUCUCAUGCUUCACCAUCGGGGUUCGUUGCUGUCAACAACGCUCGAGCCGAGGCCGAAACCGAAGACAAUUCGCUGUCAGCACAAUUUCCUUUCUCACACUCCAACACUGAUAAUGUCACAAUGAUCAAUGGAACUUCCAUCAAAGGCGCAUCGCCGACAACCCGCGCUGAGCUGAUGAAGAAAUUCUUUACUACAGCCGAUCGCCAAGCGCGUGGUUACGAUGACGCUUCAGCGCCCAUUAAUCCUCUACCUCGAACUCGACCCCAGGCGUCCGAAUCCCCCGCAGACUUCAAUGUCUACACCAAUGCUUCGAGCCCAGCGGUACCUAUUCCCAGUACCCCUUCCUCUCUGCUACCGCCACCUAAGACCACUCCUCAGGACAAAGACGACGGCGGUCCGUACAAGCUGGAGAUGGUAGCCCGCAUGGAAGAGAUGACCCGCGGCGAGCGGAUAACACCACCCUGCGAUCGGUGUCGCCGCCUUCACAUGGACUGCCUCAAGAAUCUAACCGCCUGCGUAGGCUGCACAAAGAAGCAUGCCAAGUGCUCCUGGCGAGACGUCAAGGAGGAAGAAAUCCGCAACGCCUGGGCUCCAGCCCCAGCCUCACGAGAUCGAAUAAUGGAAGAAACCCACCGCACCUACAACUUACUACCCCAGCGUCCAUCCCCAGCUCCCCGAACCUCUGCCGAACGUCCCACAGGACCAUACGAUACUGCCUAUGCUCACCAUAACCGCCGCGAAUCUGCACCCAGCGUCCCUCAAAUCACCCCGGCCUCAGCAGCCCCGAUUAAACUCCCUUCUUCGGAGAACUCUCCCCGCAGGGCCGUGAGCGAGACAGAAAAUAGCAGCCGGCCACAUCAUGGGCACCCGCGACAUACGGAAGAAGAGGAUCCAGAUGCGCAACAGCGGUUGAUGCAGGCUAUCAUGGAUACUGUGGGCCACCAUGCGCGCGUUGCGGCUGCUGUGGAGGAGAAAGAACGAGGUGUGGAACGUUAUCCGGAUCGGGGAGAUGGUCCUCAUGAUCGGGACAUGGAUCGAGAACGAGGAGAUCGAGAUCGAGAUCAUGACCGGGACCGAGAAAGGCGGAUUCUGCAAACUUAA